AUAAGUACUUUUUUCCCUUUUUUAACCAUGUCGGAAAGGCAAAUUUCCCAGUGUCGGGGAACGCACCAGCUGCUCCACUCGUCGCUGGAACGAGCUGGGCGCACCAAACAUCAAGCUAUUUACUAGCAACGGAGCUUGGGAAACCGAGCCAAUGACUAUAUAAAUGUGACACAAACACCAGCACCACGGACUUCUUGUGGGACAAGCGUACAGGGCUCGCUGCUAAAACGAUGCCUCACACCAGACGGUACACGUCCUCGGAGAGAGACAGUCGCAGCAGCUACAAUGGUCGUUACAGAGAGAAAGAAAAGGAGAGAUGGCGCAGGCACCGGCACAGAAGAUCACCCUCUUACUCUUCGAGCAGUGACAGAGAUAGAGAUCGGGACCGAAGGGGACGGGGACAGAGACACGAUGCGAGUUAUGUACGCCCAAGGAGUCGGAGCUACGACAAUCGCUCGGCCGAGCAGCAGCGGCCAUUUGAGCGAAGAUACUGCGAGGGAUACGCACGCUUGGAUCAGAGCCGAGAUGACGCUCGCGACCACGACAGAGAAAGGGAGCCGCACGCGGCGGCGGCGGCGGCGGCGGAAAGUUACUAUCCCCGCGACUUCUCGCCGAGCGUAUACGACUACCGACGGGGCCGGGAAAAGGAACGGCAGCGGGCCGAUUCGUACAGGCGAAAGGGCAGCAGGCGUAAGCACAAACGAAGGCGGCGUAGAACCAGGUCCUAUAGCCCAUCGUCCUCGCGGAGCAACAGCCGGACGCGGGCACUGAGUGUGAGGGACGACGAGGAAGGGCACCUGAUCUGUCGGACUGGGGACGUCCUGCAAGAGAGAUAUGAGAUCGUCAGCACUUUGGGCGAAGGCACCUUUGGGCGGGUGAUGCGCUGCGUCGACCAUCGCAGAGGAGCAUCCAGCGUUGCUUUGAAAAUUAUCAAGAAUGUGGAAAAGUACAAGGAAGCGGCUCGCCUGGAGAUCAACGUGCUGGAGAAGAUCAACGAGAAGGACCCGGAAAAUAAAUACCUGUGCGUGCAGAUGUACGACUGGUUCGACUACCACGGUCACAUGUGCAUCUCCUUUGAGCUGCUGGCGCUCAGCACCUUCGAUUUCCUCAAAGAGAACAACUACCUGCCGUACUCCAUUGGCCAAGUCCGACACAUGGCCUACCAAGUCUGUCUGGCCGUCAAGUUUCUCCAUGACAAUAAGCUGACGCACACGGACCUGAAGCCCGAGAACAUCCUUUUUGUCAACUCGGAUUUCACAAUGUCCUACAAUGUGGAGAAGAAACGAGAAGAAAGGACGGUUAAGAGCACAGCUGUACGCGUGGUGGACUUUGGCAGCGCCACUUUUGACCACGAGCAUCACAGCACUAUCGUGUCCACCAGGCAUUACCGAGCCCCCGAGGUCAUUUUAGAAAUGGGCUGGAGCCAUCCUUGUGACGUUUGGAGUAUAGGAUGUAUCCUGUUUGAGUACUACCUGGGCUUCACCCUGUUUCAGACUCAUGACAACAGGGAACAUUUGGCCAUGAUGGAGAGGAUCCUUGGACCCGUGCCAUCCAGAAUGAUCCGCAAGACCAGGAAGCAGAAGUAUUUCUACCGAGGCCGUCUUGACUGGGAUGAGAGCUCCUCGGCGGGGAAGUACGUCCGGGAAAACUGCAAACCUCUCCGGCGAUACUUGCUCUCGGAGGCCGAGGAGCACCACCAGUUGUUUGACCUCAUCGAAAGCAUGCUGGAGUACGAGCCCUCCAAGAGGCUGCUUCUGGCCGACUCCCUCAAGCACCCGUUCUUCGACUUCGGGGCGAGCGGCGAGGCCACGGGCGGGAAGAGCUGGGAAGCCAACCGCGACAUCAGCCGGUGAUCCGCGGCCGUCCGGCACGCCGGGAUUUUUCGACGCGGAGCAGGUGAAGUCGGACGCUUUCGCUCGGUCGCCGUUCAAGCGCCAACACCUUCCCGCUAUACUUCACUUUCCAACCCCCCCACCCCCGCGGCUUAGCGGGGCGUGCGGAGAUCUCCGCAAGACCGGGUCGCUCUCUCCAUAUCAGGAAUCACGUCUGAGCACCAACAGAAGCGGCCCGCCAUGCGUCUCGCGUCUUCCUCCUGCCAUCGCCCCCUUUCCGUCCGAUCAUGGUCGUUUUCCGGAAAAUCCGAGACUUUAUCCAGGAAAUCGGCCCCCGCGUGGAAUCAUUUGGGGGAGAAGAAACGUCUUCCUCUUGUGGAGGGCGAUAAGGGGGAAAAAAAAAAAAAAAACAACGCAGCGAGCAAGCACGCUGUCCCAAGUCAUCCACAAGAACUAUCUUCAAUCCGAUGUUACCGACCUCAGCGGUGGUUUUUCCCGUCGCGGAAUGUCGAGAAUGAUGCAAGUGUCGGUCAAAUACGUGCUCUCGUUUUUUUUUGUUUCAUGCCUAACUCGAGCAUGUUGGCCACGAAAAGUUUGUUACUUCUUGCCACUAAGACACACUCCACAUUCACGGAAGUCUUACCGGUCGUUAACGCCGCCGAGCACCAGGAGAAGGUCACGUUGUCACCAUCGCGGCUUGAUCCGUUUGGGCGUGCCCCCCCCCCCCCCCCCCGUUUCUACAGGCACGCUCAUAGAAACGUCCUCCGCUGUGACACGUCGCUUGCCCGAGCCGUGGAAUGGCCCCUUCCUGUUAAAAACAAAUCAAAGAAGACAUUGGUGAUAUCAUCGCGCCAAAAGUUUGCCCGCUGACGAGAAGAAGCACACGUCCCGUGCGCUGUCCAGACGGGCUGCAUACAACUGUUUGAUAUUUAUUUUGGGCGCUAGGGAUUAAAAUAGGUCAUUGUUCUCCCCUCCCGUAUAUAUGUGGAUUGUUUUUUUUUUUUGUGGGUUUUUUUUUCUUUUUGUAAGAAAUGAAAGCCUAUCACGGUGGAUAUAUGUGUGAUGCUGUCCAAUUAAAGUGAAAGUCCUCCUUUCCAAAGU